UGGUUGAAAGACAAAGAGAUGACAAAAUUUGUCUUGCCUGCAAUAUAUCAACCCAUGAGUUUGAUACCUCUUUAUAUAUGGAAAGCCUUGCUAUCCAUUACAAACAGAAAUGAACAAGCUCAUCACAAUGUGAAUUGGGAUGGAAUCAACUUGACAUUACUAGCAGGUAUUAUGCAUGGUUUUCAGUAUGAUGUUCAUGUGAUG